AUGUCUGUUAUGCUAGACAACACUUCAGCCCGGCUCUUUCAGACUACACGCACUGUGUUUCAAACCGGCUGCCAGCGCCUCAUUGACGACAUCUUGCACAAUGGAUUAUCGCUUGAGCAUGAACUCAAUGGUAGAGUGGGUCAGCUCCAUCUGUCAUUGGAGCAACUGAAACGAGCCGGACGGAUGAUGGUCAUUGAUUGCUCGACAAAUGAGCUUGUGCGUGUUGUCCCUAUUGGAUUUUUCACCGUUCUGAUCGAUCGCCCCGGACUGGACCCAAUGUCCGAGUUUGACUGGGCCUGUAUUUACACCUCUGACACUUUGAAUAUGCUGACUGGUGACUUUAUGCGACACAGGGAGCCCACUGAUGUUGCCCGGAACCUUGAGACCCAGUCAUUGCUCUGGGACUUAAGCAUGCCUUUCCCGGUGACAAUUCCUCACGCUGAGGAUUCCGCCCCAGAGCCAUAUGUGAAUGCUCUGCAGAUCCCUCCUGCUGCUAGUAUGGCUCGUAUGAACUCUCGGAUUCCAGUGAGGCCUCGCCCUGCCCCUCCUGUCGACACCUAUUCGACCUAUAACCGGCCUGUUCCUGGACCUUACCCCCCCUGCUUUGCCCCCACAACCUGUACCUGA